CUUACGUAUUCUUUCGAUGCAUAUAUUUAAAGAAAUGUGAACGGACUUCAUAAUUGUAUCUUACAAAAACAUCUCUGUGAUGCAAAUUGGAAAUUUGUUUGUCAUUUGUUUGAUUUUUAGCGGAACACUCAUUUAUUUUUACAUCACAAAAUUCCAUGUCAUCAAUGCUAACACAUACAAAAUCUCUGGAAUAAACAAUGCGGACGUCAAUCUAUUAUCCGACAACAACUUGACAUAUGAAAUGGAGGGAACAGCGUUUACGAUAUAUGACGAAAUUCGGAAGAACGCUCAAGAAGAAGCAAAUGUGGGCGACGCGUUAAAUAGAGCAAACAGGCAAAUAACUGGAGAUUACACGAAUGAAAUAGAUACGAUAAAAGAAAGAACUCAUGACGAUGACAACAUAGCGCAUGAUGACACGCAGAUUGCAAAUGAUAACACAAUAAAAGAACCACGGGAAAGCGAUACCACACGUUACAGACUCAUGCUUGACGACUUUAGGGGACGGUUGGGCAACCACAUGUUUCAGUAUACCGCCGGUUUCGGCGUGGCUCAUAGACAUAACCUUACUUUCAUUAUUCCAGACAGUUUGGAUCUCAUCACCAUAUUUGAUAUCAAAGCAGAGGUAUUUAAUGAUAUACCUGGGUCUAAUUUGCACUUCAGGAAAUAUUCAGGCGGAGAUGACUUCUACAGGCAAACCGUGUUUAAUAGCGACGCUGAAAUCAAAACUUACGGCCAGUCGUACAAAUAUUUUGAGACUUGUCCGUUGCAAAUAAGAAAAGAAUUUACUUUUCGUAAUCAUAUCAAACGCGAGGUAAAUGUGCUUUUCGAUCGCAUAUCACUAGGCCUCCCGUCCAAUACGACAUUUGUGGGAGUACAUGCGAGACGAGGUGAAAAGGCAAAUAAGACCAGGUCCUUAAAAGAAGGAUGGGUUGUACCAGAUGAAAACUACUUCAAGAAAGCCAUGGAUUAUUUUAGGAAUAAGUACGGGAAUGUCGCUUUCAUCAUUUGCAGCGAUACGCCCUCUUGGACAAAGGAAAUCUUUAGAUCUCAGGCAGAUGCAUAUUUUUGUCCCGGCCGGUCACCAGCGUCAGACUUAGCUAUUUUAUCAAACUGUGACCAUACAAUAAUGUCAGUUGGGACCUUUGGAUUCUGGGCAGGAUGGUUGGUCAAUGGGACGACCAUCUAUUACGCACAUCCGAAGAAAGAUAUUUACAUUACCUCGAAUUUCUUCAAUGAAACAAAAUCACCUAUUAGGCAUUUUUAUCCAAAGGAAUGGCUGCCCAUGGGAUGAAAUCAAACACCAUGAUUUAGUUGUAUUUUUCUAUACCCUCAUUGUUUGUCCGAGUCCCUGUACCCUAGACAUAAAUACUUUGGCUUUUGGAUAAUAAGGAGUUUCUAAAUAGCUUUGAAAUCUCUCUAAUUCUCGUUUUUUCAUGAGAUUUUAAGAGAUUUGCACUUUUUACCUCUAAUAACUUACUUUUCUUUUUUUGAUAGCAUAUUUAAAUUAAGUUACAUGUUUCCCCAAUAAUAACUACUUUGUUUUACACAGUUGUGUCAUUUAAAAAUCCAUUGGUGCAAUGCUAAAAUUCAUUAAAACGUUGGCUUAUUUGUUUGAAAAUCAAUAUUUUCAUGGUUUCAUUUACAUCACAAUAUUUACAUUGACAGGGUCAUCCAACAGUAUGUCAUUCGAGUUCCAGACAGAUUCAACCAACACUUUUUGAUAAAUCAUGAAAUUAAGUGACUAUUGCAAGUUUUUAGCAUUGAAGUGAAUGGAAGUCUGGUCCAACAAGGAUGACAUCUAUUAUGUCAGCGAUAUUCAGCUAUUUAGAAACUAUACAAUUUAAAGACCGUGGUUUUAUCGACCAGAAUGUGAAUGUGCUUUUAGUUGAAGAUAUGAGAUGUAAUAAAUGGAGACAUGUGUAAUUGUCUUUUGCUAAAGAAUA